AUGAAUAUAUAUAUAUUCCAUCAUAACAUUAUCCCUUAUAAACCCCUCUCUCUCUCUCUCUCUUUAUACACACACAAAUACUCACUCACACUUUCUCUUUCUAUUUCCCACCCUCUCCCCCCUUGCUUUUAGCUUAUAGAAAUGCAGGAUUUCAUGGUUCAAUGAUGAAUCAUCCUAUUAAUUCAGGAAAUGAUGAUAUGUUUAUUUUAUCACCACAAGUUGACUAUAAUGGAAGACCACCUGCUGGAGGCCUUGUCACCAAUUAUGCCAAUACUAAUACCAAUACGAAUACUAAUAAUAAUAAUGCACCCUCCGGAUCUUCUUACUCUGUUUAUCCCCCACAAGAUCAGCAGCAACAACAACAACAAAAUAGAACGGGUAAUUCUCGCAUGUAUUAUACUGAAGAACUCCUUGAUGACGCAAGAGAUAUUAAGGAAGUGAAUAACAACGAAUCUAAUACGCCAACCAAUUCUUCAUUUUAUGGACAUAACAAAUCAAUAUUACCAGGUACAAAUUCAUUAUCCUCUCCUACAUCUUCAGAAGCAGGUAAAUCGUCUUCUGCAUUCCAUUUACCACCUUCACGUGUGAGUGGAGAAUAUGAUUCGACUUCUUCCAUUACUUCUACCAAUACGACUACAACUACAGCGGAGAGACGACAGAGUUUGGUGAUGUCUGGUACGGGUAAUACAUCGCGUGUUUCUAGUCCUCGUCAUCAUCCUUACAUGUCACCCGGUAAAGUCUAUACACCUAGUAUUAUGUCAACUUUACAAUCUUAUCGACAAUCCGAUUAUAAUAAGGAGGAUCGUUCUGAAUUAGAGACUACUGCUGCCACAAAUGAUCUUAAUAGACACCCGUGGUAAACAAAAUGAAAAAACAAAAAAACAAAAAACGCACAUACACAAACACUCUUAAAAAAACAAAACAAAAAAAAAAAAAUUAUAUCUUAUGAACUCUUUAUUACCAACCCCUCCUCCCACAACAAUAUCUACUAAAAAAAAAAAAAAAAAAAAAAUCCACAGCUUUUCUAUUACACUUUUCUCCCUUUUUUUUUUAUUAUUUUAACAGCAUUUUUUUUUUAUAAGCCUUACAUGACCAAAAACUCUUUUUUUUUUUUUAAGUAUAAAAAAAAAUAAAAUAAAAAAAAA